AUGGUGAUGUUGUCAUCUGCACAAGAUAGUGGGGAUGGGUUUGUUUUCAAAUGUAAAACCCCCGGCCAAGUUGCUUUAACUUUUGACGACGGACCAUCAGCCGCAAACACACCAAAAUUAUUAAAAAUAUUAGAUAACAAAAAUAUUAAAGCCACAUUCUUUGUUUUAGCUGUUAAUGUCAAUGAGGGUAAUAAUAAAAAUAUAUUGAAACAAACCUUUGAAAAAGGUCAUCAAAUCGCAUUACAUUCUUCAACCCAUUCUGAUAUGAAUAAAUUGUCACCAGCUAAAGUAAAAGAAGAAUAUGUCAAAAAUAUAGAGGCUGUCAAAGCUACUAUUGGCAAAUCUCCAAAUUACGCCAGACCUCCAUUUGGUAAUUGUAACGCUGCUUGUGCCAAAGUAAUGAAAGGAUUAGGUUUAACUGUAACUCAAUGGAAUGCUGAUUCUCAGGAUUGGCAAUACGCUCAAGCAAAAGAAAAACAAUCUUUAACAGUCAAAAAUAUAAUAGACGUAAUGGGAAAAGGGAAUCCAAAAGUAGACUCAUUCAUCACUUUACAACACGAUAUUCAACCAUUUUCUGUUGAUUUCACACCAGAAAUUAUCGACAAAAUUACAAGCUUUGGUUAUAAAUUUGUCACAGUAUCUGAUUGUUUAAACAACAAACCCACUGCUUAUAAAGAAGGUGACAAUAUCAAGACAGCUCCCACAACUCCCGCUGAUAUCAUGGAGUUUAAUCCGCAAACUGGUACAAUAAAGGGGAAUUGGGUUGAAGCAAUUAAUCGGCUUGCUAAUUUGACUGAUUCGAGACUUGAGAAAAACAAAAUCAAAAAUAUGUUGGAAUACGACUCUAUUACAGCGUUCUUCCCAUAUACAAGCGGUGGCGAGAAAACCGCAGGUAAUUGUAUUGAAUUGUACGAUUUUCCUGAUAGAAUAGUUGAUAUCAAAGAAGCUGAAAAGUUGAAAUUUAUUGUGGAUUUAUGCAUCCGGAAGGCCAAAGUCAAAUCCCCCCGAUUGAAGUUGAACACAACAGUUUCACCUGUUAUUGGUUGUGCUGCUCUUGAUGACAGUGAUACACAUGCGUGCAUAACACGAUUAUGA